AUGGACAGUGUAUCAAUAGUCCCCUUAAAAGAGCAAAGUGGUCGCUUUGGAGCAAGGGAUGGGAAAAACCGACCGGAAAACAGCGUCCCUAACCUUACAAAGGAGCAUACACUGAGACAAAUAUACCACAAUUGGCACGAAAUACAGCAGCAUAAGAUGGAGUCGAAUAGUAACAAGCAAGACGAAAACAUUACAAGGUCAGACCCAGAAUUAGGGACCAUAGAUACUGUUGUAGGGUUGGAAAAUCUUAUAGAUGAAUCCACACCCACAAGACAGGAGGAACGGGAAGUGAAACCAAAGGUAGUGAAAAGUGAACCCAAUGUAUCUGUGGAUGCAAGUCACAAGGGAGAGGAUAUGGAAUUAUCAAGUUUGUUAAAUAGGAUGAUGGCGCAAAUUCGAGAAGGGAAUGCUAGUUUGAAAGCAGAAAUGGCUAGUCAUAUAUCCCAAUUGGAUGAAAACCUAUCUGGUAAAAUAAAAGCCAAUUUAGAUAUUUUGAAUACGCAAAGCCAGCGUAUCACAGAGGUAAACAAAUCAGUAAAUAGCAUUAGGUCUGAAAUAACAAAUGUUCAGAGAAAAGUCACAGAAAUAGAGAAAAGAUUUGAUACCGAAAUUCAGAGAAUAGAGAAAUCAGUGGAACCUUUGGUUAGUGAAAAAUUAGAACCGAUAAUUGAAAGUAAAUUACAGGUGAUAGUACCAGUUGUAAAGAAAGAGAUUGUUAAAGAAACAGCAGCUGAUAUUGAUACACUGCGCAAUACCAUGUUGAGUUUUGAUGCAUCUGUGCAGGAGCAGGAAAAUACACUGCGUAAUGAGAUAAAAUUGAUACGUCAGCAAGUUCAGAAUCAGACGUUUCUUAACUGUCGUGGUAUCCCAUUGGUCAAGGGCCUAACGCGCGCGGAAAGAAAGAAAUGGCCCAAAUAUAGGGAAGAUCGGAGUAGUCAGUACUAUAGUAGGAUAGUGCGUCGUUCGCCUGAAGAGCAGUUACAUAAACGAAACUUUGCGAAGUAUAAUGCAGGGAUACAAACAGAGGAGAGAGAGCAGGGAGGAAUUAUUAAGGGAAAUGAAGUAGGCAAAGAAUAUCGGUCGGAUGUGAAGGCUCAUGUGAAUGAAAUAAGUACAAUUCGAGGUCAGAGUGACGAAUUGAUGAAGGAAGAGUCAGAGAAGGCGUUGUUUGUCGGUAGGGAUGGCAACUGUGCAGAGAGGCAGGGGCAAGGUAGGAGUGAUGUGACUUAUGGUAAAAGGUUCAUACGAAUAGUCGACGAAUCGCAUCGAGAAGUAAUUAAAGAGGAAAGGGUGGAUAAGAAAAAGGGGCAUAGUGCAGAGACAUAUGCCGAUUCAGAAAUUACCUCGUAUGCAGAAUAUGUACAUCAGCUCAAAAGCCAGCCAGCACAAUUAGAAAGAUCUUUCACUCAAGUGAUUAAUUUGGACCCGAAUAUGACAGUGUUAGAGAGCCAUACCGAUUAUGAUGUGUACCUAGUGACAGCAAGAGUACAUGACUGUGAUGAAGAUUCUUUUAAAGAAAUUAGAGAAAGUGUAUCUAACCAAGAGAAAGAGUGUUGUGAUCCCUGUAGUACUGAAGCAAAUGAGUUGAGUGAGACUGGAAUUCCAUUAGUAGGGGAAAAUAAUGAAAGUAAGAGUGGCGAAUGUACUAUCCAACAAAGGGAAAGUAGCGAAAUGGAUUAUAAUUUGCAAGAAUUAUUUGAAUCCGAAGAAGGUCAUAUUUCUAAGGAGGGGGAAUUAUCGUCAGAAUCAUCAGAAAGCAUCCAGGGAGAAAAAGAAGUAGAGGAAGUUUCCGAUUCUGCAACCGAGAGUUCAGGCAUGACAGAUUCGAAUGAGAACGAGAUGGCAUUAAAGAGCCUAGACGAAGGACUAUUGGAAAAAGUGGUGAAAGAAUUUAGGAUGAAAAGGAGAAAGAAACCUCCAGAUGGAAUGGUCAGUAUAAAAACCGGAAAAAUAAUAUGGCAAGACUUGGCGGUGGAAAAGGAUUUAUUAUGGGAAGAUAAAGAAAGUAUGAAAGAGGACUUUGUUCCUUCUAUCUUCACACACCACAGUAACGUCCCAGUGGAGGUCGUUUGCCAUUCCCUUCCUCCGACCCUUCAUGAAGUACGAAGUAUGUACAUGCCUCGUGUGGGUGACUGUGAUGAGUUAACAAGCACUUGCAAACAGGCAAUAUUUCACAAGACACGCUGCCACAAAAUUCUCUAUGGCCCUUCAUGCAUGAAACAAGAGCUCACACACGUAAAUUGCAUAGAACUUCGCAGCCAUGGACGUGAAACAAGUAUACACUACUUGUCGAGACACAGCUUACAAAAAGCAAUAAUAAAGGCCAUCUUCCUGGUAAGCGUGCUAAUUCUCACCGUUAAUUCAGUAAUUAGUAUUAGGUGGAAAGCGAAUAGUCGAGUUUCUCUCGAUUAG